AACGAUUUAAACAAAAACGUUAGAACAAUAAAAAGCAUCAUUUUUGGUGACACUUUUAAAAAAGCAUCUAAAACGAGGGCGAACAGAUUUGGAGAUGCUUUGUGGUGUAUGAUAGAGUUGUGGGAGAUACAAAAUGUCAGCUGGUCCUGCUGUCCUCCUUUCUGAUGGGAAAUGUAAAGAGCGAUGUAAUAGUGAACGAAAUGGCGGAAGCUAUGAUCCUGUGAGGUGGAGUGAAUAUUUUAACAUACGGGAUGAUAUAGAACUCGAAGGGGGUACAUUUAGAAUCUAUCGUCGAGGUGUCGAAGGGCCUCUCCUCUUCUUCUUACAUGGUGGUGGUUUCUCAGCUUUAACAUGGGCGGUCCUAAGUACUCUUAUUACUGAUCAAGUUAAGUGUCAAUGUUUGGCAGUAGAUAUGAGGGGCCACGGUGAUACAAAGUGCCUCAAUGAUGAUGACCUGUCUAUCGACACUCUCUCAAAGGAUAUAAUAAAAAUAAUAUUUGCUAUGUAUCCAAUGGAGGCUCCGCCAAUUAUCCUUGUGGGCCACAGUAUGGGUGGAGCUGUAGCAGUACAUGUGGCAUGCAAGCGAACUAUCCCUUCUUUGGCUGGUCUUGUUGUCAUUGAUGUGGUUGAAGGAUCUGCUUUGAGCUCAUUACGUGGCAUGACAGCUUUCUUACGUGGUCGUCCUCAAAGUUUUCUUUCUUUACCUCAAGCAAUUGAGUGGAGCGUUCGCAGUUCGCAAAUACGUAAUGUAAAUUCAGCUCGUGUGUCUUUCCCUGGUCAGUUAAAGCGUAUCACAAGUGGUCAGACUGCAACAAGCGAACUAGAUUCAGGGAUCGCAGUUCUCUCUAAAACUGUUCCGUCUAUUCCUUCUGUAACUUCAACGCUAGAUGGUAGAGUCUCUUCUGUAAGUCGAUUAUCAAGUCAGCCAUUGGUUGAAGAUUCAGAAAUAGAUAACUCUAGAAGUUCAGAAAUCAAUUCUGAAAAUAAUUUAGAAGUUGAUCAAAAUUCAACAAGUCUUCCUAGCUGUCAUAAUGAUGCUGACAGUUUACAAUACAAUACAGAAAAUGUAUCGGUGGAUUCAUCUAAAUUUUCCAGUCAGUCUAUUGGAGAAUCUAUUAAUUCAAUAAGUGGUUGUACACUUCCUUCUUUUACUGACUCUUCUACUAUUUCAAAACAUUCUGGUUUGGUAACAUGUCAGUCGGAUCGUCCACAGUAUACUUGGCGAAUAGAUUUAAUUAAAACACAACCAUUUUGGCAAGGAUGGUUUUCUGGUUUGUCUAAACUAUUUUUAUCAAUACCUGAACCAAAAUUACUUCUGUUAGCUGAUGCUGAUCGAUUGGAUAAAGAUUUAACCAUUGGACAAAUGCAAGGUAAAUUUCAGGUUCAACUGUUCCCUCGUGCUGGUCAUGCCGUUCAAGAGGAUACUCCAGAUAGAGUUGCGGAAUGCCUGGCUAGAUUUCUAGUACGCAACCGAUUCACUGAAGCUCGUUCAGAUUUGUGAACAAUUAAUUGUGACUAUUCAAAUUCAGUUUGUUUAUUUUCGGAAAUUACUCAAAAUGACACUGCAAAAUUUCAUGCCAAAAUUAAUUGAUUAAACAAGAGAAUAGAUAAUUAGUGCUGAUUGUUCUUUUUUCUUGUUUACUUCUUCCCAUUAUUAGUAUCUGUUUGUGUAUAUCUACUUAUGUAUGGCGUAUAUAUACACUUUAAUAAUGUUAUAAUGUAUGUGCACGGGUUUCAUUGUACUUCUGCUAUCAAAUUUUUUUAAACUUCAAAAAUGCAAUUGAUUAUUUUUAUUUGUUUAUUGAUAACUUCUGUUUUCUCAUUUUUCAUUUGACAUGAUGAUUCUUGUAGAUUUUCGAAAAGUGUCAUUAUGACUAACUCUUCGUUCAUUCAUGUAUAGGUGUGUAGCUUCUUCUUUCCUGUUUUUUUCCGAAGUAAAAUGAAACACUCAACUUCAUUUUAUUUCUCUCUUGUUUCGGUUUUGUCUUCUCUAAUAAAUGAUCAUUUUGAAGUAGCAACAUCAGUGUCAUCGUAGAUUCGUAUUGAAUGUUUUGGUUUUUUCGUUUGUUGAGCAGAGAAACUAUCUUCAUGAAUGUGUACUCUAAGCUGAGAAUAAUUUUGAAUUGCAUAUAAUUAGUUAUUGUUGUUAUCAUAUUUCCUGUACAAAAUUAUCUUUUUUUUUCGGAGUUUUCCUUGAUUUUCGUAAAUUAGAGAUCUUCAAAGGGUAAAGUGUUCAUCAGUUUGUCAUUAACUGUUUUAUUUAUUCACUUACUAUACUUGAAGUUGUUUUUUAAAUCUUGGUUAUUGUUGUCUUGUAGUUCUCUUUUAACAGAGUUGUUUGUGUUAUUUUAAAUGCUGGUGCUAAUAACUUAUAUUGUCAAGUCUGUUAUUUGUUUCUGUGUGGUAAUCAAUCACAUCAACUUUUUCUUUUUGGCUUUUCUUUCUCGUAUAUUUUAUGUUCUUACGUGUAUGUGGUUGUUGAUACGAUUCAGUGCGCUUAUCUACUUUUUUUUAUUCGAGGUUUUUACCAUUGUUAUUCUUUCUGUCUCCCUUCUGCUCUUAUCUUUUCGAUUCAUGUAUUUUUACAAAGAAUAUUUCUCGCUGACAAUCAAGAUGAAGUGUUAAUAAAACUAUAAAUGCUAGUGAUUAGCAUCUUGUAUUAUUAAAAUCCGUGUUUUUUUCUCUCUCGUGUUGAUGAUUAACAAAUAAAAUUAUGCGAUUGUUAGUUCAUUUCUGAUAAUCAAUAAUUUCAUAAUGUGUUUGGUUGCUACUGCUUUUAUUUUUUUCCAUUCGAUUGUUAAAUGCGAGUUAAUGUUAUGCUUUACGAUCACCUACUCUAAUUCCUGAUUAUUAACGAUUAAGAUAUUUUCCUAAUAUAAUACACUGAAUUUAUGUAAACUUGAUAGAUUAGAUAACUAACAUGCAUAACUCUUCAACAAUAAUCCUCAAUGCAAUAGAAAACAGAGGGAAGUUAGGCAGACAAAAAAGAAGCUUGUUGUUCAAGAAAUCAAGUUUUUAAUGGAAUUAGUCAGCAUAUCGAAUAAUUCGCAAUGAUUUUGGAGCAUAGUAAAUUUAACAGGCUGAACCCAAGAACUGUUGGGGAGACCCAGAAAAUUCCUCGAAAAUAGCCCACAUGUGUCCUGAAAACGCUGGGAAACAUUUUAUUCAGUCAGCAUUUAUUAGAAGAUUCUCAGAAAAAUCUAGAAAAUUAAGAGUCACGUGUUACAUUUCUGAUUAGAUUAUUGUUUACCCUGCUACUAUGUUUAGUAGGGUCCUAGAACUUUCCAGAAGUCCAAGACAAUCUGAUAUGUUAUAAAUACACUCGAUUUUUGUACAUAAGCUAACAUCGGAGUAAAGCGUUCUUCCCGUAUUACGCGCCUUUUCUCUCGUGUUCAAGUUGUAGUGUGGAGUUAGC